UUAAUUUGAUGAUGACUAUAAUAAUGAUGAUGGCGAUUGAAAUGAUGAUGAUGUUGAAUUAUGAUAACUACGAAGAUGAUGCUGACGACGACUAUGAUAAUCAUGAUAGAACUGACGAAGUGCUAAUACUAGGAAAACAAAAUUGUGUUUUGUUUCACUAUAUUUAUGUAGUAAUUCAACGCACUUUCGUUUCGAAGACCGAAGUUGGAUUUGCACCAAAGUGCGGUAUUACAAUGCCCACUGGUUACACAAUAGCGAACAACUGCAGGGUUUAAGCGUUUUGAUUAAAGACCUGUUACACUAUAUUGGAUGGAUAUAAUGUGAACUAAACGUGUAUGUUCACAUGUCAGUGAUUGCGUUUAUAAACAAACAUGUGGCAAUAUUGCGAAUGAUUCUCCAACAAACGACAGACAUUACGUGUUUCCCUUUCUGCGCAGUUUGCUAAGCGUUACACACACAGACAGCUAUUGGGUUUUUAUAAUAAACUAUUUAUAGAAUUUUAUUAAUUGUGCGUUAUAUUUUAUAAAUGCCAGCGUCUCUAUUGAGUGCUAAAGGUUUUACUGGUUGUACGUUUCUCCGGAUAUAAAUGAAUACAUUCCUCAUCGGAUACAAAAAUAGAGGUUAUUAUUUUUACAGAAAUAAUUGAAAACUAAAUCCGGAUCAUGCGCAACCUCAAAAAGUACUUAAGCAAGGCUGAUGAAACAUAAAGGAUGAUGUUCAUAGAGGGUUGCAUGAGGAACAUGCAGAAAGUCUAUUAAUUGCCACUAAAAUAUUGCUACAAAAAAUUGGAGCCACCAAGAAAUAUUAAUUAAGAUUCCAUAAUAUUUGCCUAAACGCAAACGCAAGAAGCAAGAAUAUCCACUCGUUGUGUGCAAAGUGCGGAACUGAAGCUGGAAAUUUCCAGAUGAUUCAUCCAUCGGAAGCAACGUGCUUUUGUGUUCAUGUCUCCAAAGACUCGACCAACAAAACUGUAGUCCAUGGCGAUGAUCCAUCACGCAAUUUGUUUAAAAUUUUGGAUUAUGUUGGAUACAGCCAUGACAUGGUCGCAGAAAGGAGGAGAGUGUUUCAUGAGAAAGACGCGAUGAUUAAUAGUGCAAGAGAUGACGAAAUCGUCAGUGUAACAGCCGGCAGCAAGGCUGAAGGAUUCGCAUCAUGUUUUGAAAGCGACUACGACCGAUUGAACGUAUACACGAACAUCGUUUGUCAAUUUGAAAUUUGCCCAAACAUGUUUUCAAAGGAUUCAACAGAGUUUUGCAUGUUAGCGGAAGCAUGCCAUCCAGGACAUUACAAACUGAAGUUGUUAACAAGAGGUGCUAAGUUGCCGAAAAUCAUGGAAGAGUCUUUUGUCAAAAACCAUCAGGGAGAGACUUACAUUUCUAGUGAUUUAUUCACGAAGGAACUAGAGCAGACCGUUCCUAUGGAUACAGUUGGAGGAUGGAACAAAGGAACUAGGUCGGGGCCUGCCGUCCCCUCAACGCGUGGCAUAUACCACAGGGAUGACGUGUUUGCAUUUCGUUGCGUUGUCCAGAGAGAGCUUCUAGCUGACUGGGCUAAAAGGAGGAGACCCUUUGGUUGGCCAUGUGCUGACGUCAUAAAUGAAGUCAUAAAUCUAGAUGCGCAGCUAGUACCUGUUGGUUGUCAGGGUUCCAUAAAUCGGGGCAUGGAAUGGCGCAUCUGCUUUAUUUAUGGGGAAUUGAAGCUAACUUACACUUUAAACGAGUGUCAGUAUAAACUAUACAUUCUACUGAAAAUGAUUAACAAAGAGGUACUUCAUCCAAUCUGCAGUGAAAUGUCGUCUUACAUCAUGAAGAAUGUGACAUUCUGGGUUGUGGAGGCGCACAGUCAGGAGAUAUUCCGUGAUGAAAAUCUAAUGCACGUCUUACAAAUCGCUCUAAAAUUCCUGCAGACUGCACUGGUUGACAAUAAUCUUCCGUACUACAUGAUACCCGAGAGAAACCUUUUAGUUGGCCGUACUACUGAAAAAGAAAGGACUGGAUUGAUCAGCAAAAUAGAAGAACUUAUCACUGAAGAUGAACGGAUAAUUUAUCGGUUACCGAAACUACGUGAGGCUAUGGAAACUUUCCCUUUCGACGAACUUGAACAAACGGGAAAGCGUAGAGACAAAUUGGAACUGCUGGAGUUGAAGCGCCAGUAUAUUCUAGCGUCGUACUGGGCACCAAGUCUUCAACGGGAAGAGAUAGAUAAACUGUGUUGGCAUGACAAGAUAUACCGGGAUGCUAGGUAUGAAAUGUACGACAUGGUAUUGCCAACAUGGAGGGACUGUUUAACAGCGGAAAGUCGCAUGGAGACGUUGAACACAGUCAUACAAACCAUCGGGGACGCCGGUGCCUUCAAGGAUAAUUAUUUGAGAUUCGCCCACAGUUAUCUCAGUAUUGUAUGGCCUCAUUUGAAAUCGGAAGUUACGGUCAAGGAAGAUACAUCCGAAGAGCUGAUUGUUGAAAUGAUUGCAAUAUUACGGGUGAAAAUAGAGAGAGCGUUGUCGUAGAUUAUAAAUUCGAAUUGACACUGUUUCAUAUUGUAUUAACGUGUUUGACCUUGUUUGUAGAACAUAUGAGAAAUUUAUAUUUCUCACAAAGGGUCUCUUUUGGAUACUGGCAAACGAUAUGCUGUCGACAUAGUUGUUUUUACAUAUGUACUGACUUAUAUGCACAAUAGUACAAGUGUUUCACUCUUCAUAUUCAUUGUUUAAUCAUCUCGCAUGCAAUAUUGUGCAGUCAUAAUUAACAGGUGAAAUUUCCAUUUUAAUUAGUUUUGCUUUUGUAAUUAUAACACUUUUUUCAAGAUGCAAUAUGUGAUCACAGGUUUUCUGUUGAAUCUCAAAUUUAUA